UAUUCUCUUACGAAAUGCGUUUCCACGAACCACAAUAAGUAAUCUAAUGGGAGCGAAAUGGGGGGAUAACACUGUAGUGACGUGUGACGCACGGCUCCGCUUAUCAAAUUGGCACUUUGUUUUCGUUUGUGUAAGGGAGCACAGAGCAUUAGAGCUUUUGGCUCUCCUCUCACUGAAAAACAAGAACAUGCGAAAGAAAGACAAAAAGCACCGUACCGAAAAUCGACAAGUAGCUAAUAUUUUGCGGACUUGCAAAAACAGCAAUGAUAAUGAUAUUAGUACCUGUGCAUGUUUAGUCAACUUCAGACGCAUAUAUACAUACAUACAUACAUAGGUGCUCCAACCGGUUGGAUUGGCCAAUGUUUGCAUACAUUUUAUGAAAUGAAAUCCUUAUAAAUCAUCUGCUCCGCCUAUACAAAUUGCCCAAAUGGUGGAAACCGGUUCGGGUUUGAAUCCAUUCUGCGCGCGCUGCACAAAACAAAAUACGAAAUACGAAUACGAGUAUUUAGAGUACCCACAGAAGAACUCUCAAUAGUGUGCGCGCGCGCUCAUAGCAGGAAACUGCUUGCUGGUGGUUGCUAUUUAUAUUAUUUCAGAUUCCCGCCCGACACUACGCAGGCGGCAGGCAAAGCGAGCACACAGCAGAGGCCACUGGGGAGAGAAAAAUAAAUUAAAGGAGCCACACAGCACGAAAAGCAUCCAGAAAAAGCACAAGACAGAAAAGCACGCGCGUCAUCAAAACCAAAAAACGUGUUGGCCAACAAACUGCCGGAAAAUUACAUAAAAGUGGAAGAAAAAGUGAACCUAAAGCAGUACAACAGAACCAUGGCCAGUCCCAGUCCGAAUGACCUGAACGUGACAGUAGACGUGGUGCUGCCCACACUCAUUGUUGUGGCCAUGUUCGUGAUAAACGGCUUCGUCUUCCAUUAUAUCAUGCGAAAACGGCGCCAGUGGAAGGAAACGGGCGCUGUGGAAUCUGGCACUCCCGACAUUGAGAUGGAGCACCUGUAGCAUCUGUACCGAUCAAAGGCAGGCCAAAUAAGCCGUUAGUGAGAACUAAUUCGCCUUAGCCGGUGGAUGGUUUGAGAUACUCAGCAUCGUCCAAGCUCAGCCCAACUGCAACAAAAUUGCCGCCCCAUCCAUCAGCCCCGCUGCUAAACAGCUAAAAGCAAAUCGGGUCUCGCUCUACGGGAAUGGAGAUGCGCCACACAAAUAUUUGCCUAUACUAUAGAUAGUACAUACUAUACGGAGUGUAUACGUCGGGUACCUUUAGAUAAUUCACGUGCAUUUAAUUACGGUUUCUACGUUUGUAAGCUCAUCUUUUUUUCGCCAUUAAUUUUUCUACAAAAUAUACAAUAAAAAUGUGUGAAUUUUGCUAUACAAA